CAUAGAGAGAGGAGGAGGAGGGGGUUCCAACGGCACGCGGCUGACGCGACGGUUUGUAAACAGACGCUGACACGUGAUGCGAAGAGUCCCGCAUUGUCUCGGAGAUCUUUCUGGAGAGCGGCAGCAACAACAACAACUUACCGCCGCCGAGUAGCGCCACGGCCGUCCACCGAUGGCUCUGGAUGGUGGAGCACUCUGAGCUGCAAGGAGAAGAAGAAGAAGACGGAGGUGGUGGUGGCGGCGCAACCCUUUCGACCAAGAUGGCUGGUCCAGCUCCCAACUUGUAACGGAUGAGGAUCGUGCUGCCUUGUUCUCCAGCCAUCGGACGGAGUAGACGAUGUCGUUCGCCGCGGAGGACAACUUGGAGUCCGACUGGGUGGCCGUCCGACCCAACGCCUUCGACGAGAAGGUAAAACACAGGUUUGUUUUCAUCGUGGCCUGGAAUGAAGUGGAAGGAAAGUUUGCCAUUACGUGUCACAACAGGACGGUGCAGAGGAAGAAAAUCGGGGCCCGGGACCAUGGUGCAAGAGGAGAAGAGGAGGUCCAGGUGCCACAGGACGUCCUGGUCAAGAGUCCGGUUCGAUCCUCUGCUAGGGUCAAGAGUCCAUCUCGGAAAGUGGUUGGGGCCAGAAGACCAUCUCGAGGAGGGACCAGCAGCAGGAGUCCACCUCCAGGAGAAACUGGAACCAAGAGUCGAGGGGUUUCUGAGAUCCCUUUGGAAGAUGGCAAAGUGGUAGACCCUACCCUUACUCAAGAUUCUGAUCAAGUGGACCGGGAUCAAGAUAAAGAUGUUAUGGACCUGGAUGACAGCAGUUGGGCUGGACUGUUCUCCUUCCAGGAUUUGAGAUCUAUCCAUCAACAACUUUGUGCUGUCAAUUCAGAGUUGGAGCCUUGUUUACCGAUAUUUCCUGAAGAGCCUUCUGGGAUGUGGUCAGUGCUGUUUGGAGCCUCUGAAGUGAUUGAUGAAGAGAUGGACGUGCUUUGCUACCAGCUUCAAGUUUAUCUUAGCCAUGCUCUGGAUAUUUGUGGAUGGAAAAUCCUCUCUCAUCUCUUGUUUACUGAAAAUGACAACCCAGAUGAGUAUUAUGAGAGUUUGAGUGAACUGAGGCAAAAAGGAUACGAAGAGGUACUGCAGAGAGCGAAAAAACGAUUACACGAGCUGCUGGAGAAACACAAGAUUACAGAUGCUAUGGUGGAACUGUUAGAACUGUACCAAGAAGAAGAUGAUGCUUGUGCUGCUUUGUCUGAAGCAAUCACAGAACUCUAUCAAUAUCUACUGCAGCCGUUCAGAGAUAUGAGAGAGCUGGCCAUGCUGAGACGUCAGCAGAUAAAGAUCUCACUGGAGAAUGAUUAUCUUGGGCCACGCAGAAUUGAAAGUUUGAAGAAAGAAGACUCGGAUUGGCAAAGAAAAGCCCAAAGAGCUGUGCUGUCUAUACAGGAUUUGACAGUGAAGUACUUUGAGAUCACAGCCAAAGCUCACAAAGCUGUAUAUGAUCGGAUGCGUGCUGACCAGAAGAAAUGCGGGAAAGCAGCCUGGGCCAUAGCAGUGGGCAGAAUGGAAAAGCUUCAAUAUGCGGUCGCAAAGGAAACCCUGCAGCUUAUGCGAGCCAAAGAGAUUUGUUUGGAGCAGAAAAAGCGGACACUUAAGGAUGAAAUGCAGAGCCUUCAGAAUAGCACCGAUGCCAUUGCAUGGCUGGAUCGGCUAGAGGCUGACUAUUACGAUAUACAGCUUCAGUUGUAUGAGGUGCAGUUCGAGAUCCUGAAAUGUGAGGAACUAUUGAUAACAGCACAACUUGAAAGCAUUAAGAGGCUCAUUACAGAGAAACGAGAAGAAGUUGUUUACUAUGACACCUACGAAAGCAUGGAAGCCAUGAAAUCAACAGACAUGGCUUCGUCAGUGCUCCCACAGAAAGUGGAGCUGGUGAAACUGCAGCAGAAGGUGCGUCAGCUUGAGGCUAGACGUAGUCGCAUUUCAGCCAAGAAAGCCUACCUCAGAAACAAAAAGGAGAUUUGUAUUGAAAGCCACAACGACAAGAUGAAGCAGCACAAACAAAGUGAAGAUUACAAAUCCCGUAGUGCAGAGCAGCUGAUGCAUGAUCAACAACAGGAGGAAGACAGAACUAAUAAAUGGGUUUGCCAAGAGCGGCAGAAAACAUUGGAUAGAUUGCGAAACUUUAAACAGAGACAUACUGGGCAAGUUGUACUUAAAUCGACAAGACUGCGAUUCACAAAUAUCAGAAGGAGAGAUAAUACUGGUUCGGUGGCUUGUGCCGGCAAAGAUCAAACACUGUCUCUUCCUGGAACCUUAAAACUACAAGAAGCUGCUGAGGAAACCUCACUUACAGAAAAGGGCACAAAAUCCACUGGAGCAACAGAAUUGGAAAGCAGAGCGCAAAAACAGGAGACUUUGCAGACAGAAGAGGAUUUGUUGCAAGCUGUUCCGAGCCCGUGUGCGGAAAAGUCCAGUGACAUUGAUGUCGUGCCUCCACCACCUCCACCUCCGCUGCCAGCUCCACCGCCACCACCAAUGCCAGUGUGUGAGGAACCGCCUGAGACUCAGCCUCAAGUGGAGAAAUCUGCUCAGCCCGGUGACUGCAAAGAAAUAUCGCAGAGCUUCAGUUUACCAACACCCCAGUUGUUUGAUAGCAAGCAGUUACUAAAUGCCAGAAAAAAAUUAAAGAAAACUGCAUCGAGUGAUGAACUGAAAAAACAAAGAGUGAGCUCACCGAUGGAUGAAGUCCUAGCUUCCCUGAAGCGGGGUAGCUUCCAUUUGCGAAAGGUUGACCUACGCUCUUUGCCUCCAUUUCCAGGUGAAGAUGACAGCAAUAAUAUACUUGCACAAAUUAGGAAAGGAGUGAAGUUAAAAAAGGUUCAGAGGUUUGCCCUGAGAGCGGCAUCCAUAGAUCUGCAUGAUGCGGAUCCUCUAACACGCAGCAUCCACGAGGCGUUGAGGAGAAUUAAAGAGGCAUCCCCCGAAUCAGAUGAUGAUGAGGACGAAGGUCUACCAUAUGCGGAAUGGGACAACUAACUCCUUGGCCAAGGCUUUCUACAGCAUACAUUUUUAAACAUAACCUCUGGUUCCUCCAAUGUGCUGUUCACUUUUGAUGGUCCUGUAGAUGAGUGGGUGGUCCCUGUUUAAUAGCGAGGUGUCCCCCUUGAACUUGUGCCUAAUAUGGAGUCAAUUCAUGUCUACACUAAUGGGCACUAUUUCCACUAGCAGAUGGAAAGUUUUGUGGCAUUGGUCUGGUCAAAUGAUACUUUUUGUUAUGACUGAGUUGUUCUCGUGUCCAUUAGAUUUACAUGCAUAUUCCCGCCAUUAAUAACUGUCGAUACUAACUGAAGAGGACCAAGAAAAUAAAUUAAUUGGUUUUAAAAAUAAAGCUCCAGGUUUCCUACUGCACAUUAAUGAAAAGUACAGUUUGACCUGACUCAAAUACUAAUUUGGUACUUAAAUUACCAAAGUCUUGUUUUAAUAAUCUGAAUCCUAAAGAAUAUUUCUGUACAUCAGCAAAAGUAAAGAACAACAGCGUAUUCAAUCACACAAAGUGUUAAUACAGGAUUAUUAUUGAAUUUUAUUGCAUUAAUGCUUUGGAGCCCAAGUCAGCCUUCACAAAAGUAUAUUUGAAUGACUUGCCAACUUUUUGAUCAAGGUAAUUGCAAUAAUUGGGACUAUAACAUUUUAGUAGUAAGUACAAUAACUAAAAUAGUAAAAUAGGGUUAGAAAGUAAAAUAAUUUAUUGCAAAAUAAUAAUUUUACAGUAUUUAAUAGUUACGUAGCACAAUAAUUUAAAGACAUAUUUUUGGUCUAUUAAUUUGAUCAAAUAAGUUGCAGAUAGACUGACUUCUGUUGAAAUUAUCCAUAUAUGUACAAAGUGAUUGCCUUAUGCAUGUCUGAAAGAUUUAAAGAAAUUUAAGGGAAAAGUUUGUCUGUUGCAUCAUACAUUUGACUGAUAAUUGGAUGUCUCCUGAGUAUUUUAAGACUUAAAUUUAGCCUGAAGAGUUUGAUUUGCCUUGUCUUGUCUCCAACAUUCAAAUUUGGCUGAAAUUAUAUAAUGGAUCUCAGCCACUAACCUAGUUGCAUAUGGAAAAUUGCAUGGCUCAAGAACUAGAGGUAAUGUCUGCAGGAAUAGUUUAAAUGUGGGAAUCACGUUCCCCUUUUGUAAUGGAAGACAAAUGCGCUUAAAUAGCAUCUGAAGUACCACUAGAUUUGUGUAUGUCGUAAGCUAAAAUAUCAAUUUUCUUGGCAUAUAUACAUAAUUAUUUUGGAUAUCUAUUCAGGGAGACAUUUUCUUUGCGACUUAUAUGGGGCUGAACCCACAAAUUAGUGUUUUGCCUCUCAGUUUGGAAAUGGGGGGGGGGGGGGGAGAAGAAUGUGGCAUUAUUACACUUAAAAUAGUCGAGUUUGAUCUAAAAAAAAUCAUUCAGCAUUUUGGCAAUACAAAAAGAAAACAACAGAGCAACGAAACAUUCAUCAUUCAAAUAGUGCAGAAUUAAAUUGUUCUUGAAAACGAGGGUCUCGUUUAAAUUUAGAUUUUAAUUUAUAUUGAACUUGUAUUUGUUGUAUUUAUUACAAGUACAUUGUAGACUUUGAGGAAGGAAAAUUGGGAUAAUUAUCCCCACCCCUCAUAAGAUUUAGUUGUUUUCUUCCUUGGGCCAACAUCAUCUAAGGGUUUGGGAGUUCCACAUGCCUGGCAUGUACCUUGGUGUGACCAGUGUUGGAAAACAAGAAUCUUUGACCACCCUACAAGUUUACAGUUUCACCAGUAGUUUAGUACAUUCUAACCACAUAGUUAACAAUGGGCAAAAUGCCAUGACGAUCAGAGAGUUAGUUGGACCAGUAGAAAAUAAGGCAUUUAUGAAUAAAAACCUUCCAGUAAGUCAAUGACUCACAGGUGAGGAAACUAUCAAGUAAAACUGUGCCCGGGCAUUCCUCAGUCGCUAUGAAUUCCAACCCAAAUAUCAAACUGUUGUCACAUCGUACCUUUUAAAUGCACUGAUCAAAUAUACCCUAAAAUGAAAUUGAAGAAUAUGUAACAACUUCUGAAACAAUAUGUGGAUAUGGAAGUAUGUUUGUGUGUCUUUUACACAUGUACCAUGCAGAAUGCAUUUUGCAUCAUUUUGUAUUUUUGAUCAAUGCAUGCUUUUGUAUUAAUUAUUUGAUCAUUUUGCUGCAUAAAAGUGUCUUAUAAAGGAGCAGUUAUUUAUGUUCACAAGCAUGAGUAUGCGAAAAAGAAUUUGCUUGUUAAAUCAGGUUUUAUUUUAUUUGUAACAAAGCCUGAAGAAACUUUGUUUAUAAUGUAUUUUUAAAUGCAUCCCUGGCACUGUGGCAAGAAUCUAACCUUCUCGAGGACUUGUUGAGUUUUAUUGAAACCUUUGUUUACAUAAUUCCAGGAUAAUCCUCUUUAAGAGGAGAAAAGAAAGUAAAGUACUCAUUUCUGAGAUGUGAUGAUGAGUAUCUUGUAUGGGAUUAUUUCCCAAAAGAUGACUUUGCUUUAUUCAAGUCGAUAAGAUUCUGUUUGAAAGAGCCCGUGUCUCACCAAGUUGACAGAUAAAGCACAACUAUUACAAUAUUGUAUUAAAAAAGGCCGCAAGUUAUUUUACUCAAUUUGAUCAAUUGAGGCAUUGUACAAUAUUUUUUGCAUGCUUUGUAAUACUAUAUUCAAUUUGGUAAAAGAGUUUGUGCAAUUAUCCAGGGCUAAGAGAAACACAAGCCCUUCAAUGUUGAAAUGUCAUCCAGAAUUGGGACGAAAAACAAAAUAUUAGCAGCGUACAAUGUGCAUGAAUUACAUUUGACAAAUUGAGUAGGGAAAGGGGAAGAAAUUCAGCCAGUUUCAUGAUUACAUCUUGAUCAUCCAAGGGAUAAUUUGCAAUGAUAAAUCUAUUCUCUAAAAUUUAGAUUUAAUUAUAAUGACUGCAUAAUGUGACUGCAGGCAGCACAUAAUGCUGAAUUAUUGGGCUGCUGAUUCAGAUGCUUUGGAAAUAUUUAUAACCAUUUUGAAGUCGUCCAGUGAUAUGGUUUAUUUACAUGAUGUUUUCAGGUACAAUGUUCAUUGGUUGUUUUAACUUCCAUUCUAACUAAAUUUAAGAGCUUUUUGCUUGUGGCUGUCAUAUCAGCUCAUUUUUGUGACAUUGGUAUUUUUAGUAACAACAAUUUCUUCAGCUAUUAGUAAUCAGCAGCCCUUGAGUGAUGUACAAUUUGAGUUUUGGGGUGAUACCUGUUAACCAAUGCAAAAAUAACAAACUGACAAUGCAUAAAAGUAGCAAACUGCAACGGGGAAACUGCUUAAAUAAAUGAUAAAUCUGCAGCAUUAAUAUUUUCACACAAGUAAUGGUGAUUUUAGUGAACACCUUUCCCCAUUAAUAUUUCAAUCUUUCCCCAUUAGUUUUGCAUGCAUUUGCUACUUUGAAAUGUGAUUGAUGUCAAUGAAUUAGUCAGUAAAAGACUCUGAAGGAAAAUUCUAGGAAUGGAUUUUGAGUUCCCUAAGUCCAUAAUUACCAGUUGCUCACAAGCGUGAUGCACUACUGAAUGUCAUGUUUGAAAUAGACACAAAAUGCUGGAGUAACUCAGCAAGUCAGGCAACAUCUCUGGAGAAAACGUGUGAAAUUAUCCAUUGCCGCAUUUCAAAUGUCUUGGUACAAAUGAAUAGUGCGUCUGAAUAUCCAUGUUUCCAUAAUGUCUUUUAAUAGAUAAGUUCUAUACUUUACAUAUUGCUUUCAUGAAGGUAUCUGUGAGUGACCUGGUCAUGACUACGUCAUUAUGUCAGAAGUAGAAUUUAUUGUUCCUUAUAAUCAUUAACAUUAUUUUAUUAGUAUAUGUCCAGCACAGUUUGGUUGCAUAUUACUGCCAGAGCAGUGGUCUGAUGAAUGAGGUUUGGUGUUUUUUAAUGUUGUGGGCUUUUGCUAUGGAAGAAUUUAGAAUGAGCCAUGCACCGUGUACUCAUUUUCUAAAGGCAGAGCAAACUGUUAUGAUAUGUCAUCAUUGGCAUCAAUCAUGUUAUAAAAAUCUGGGAAUUGUGGCUUUGAACUAGGUAGUCACAUAAGCAUUUUAUAAAUCAGAUUCACUGGACAAAAAAAACAUGGUUUAAAGUGGGGAAGAGCCAAAUUUAAGAUUGGUAUUUGGUAAUUGUUUAAACAAAGCUUGACAAACAUGGAAGUAUUUUUUAGGAUGGUUUAAUGAAUUGAAAAACUAUGGACCAAUUUACGGAAAUACUGGAUGUGACGGUGGAAACUGUGUUCUUUAAGAAUCAAUGAAAUAGGACGAAUGACAUUCUUUUUAAUUAUCUGAAGCAAUACAAUGAAAUGUCCAACACAUUACUGGUCACUGGACAUUAGUACAUGAAGAAGAGAAUUGAUAAAAUAUCCUCAAGUUACCAUGCAUUUGUAUGUUCAGCACUAAAUUCGGUUUAUAUGUAGGUCUUUUUCUCAAAAAGGUGGUGAAUUAUUUCAGCUGCAUGUGUCGGGCAAUUAUUUGCAUCCUGAAGUAUUCAUGUUGUAAACGUAGUUCAUUCUAAUCUAAUAAUUUAUUUAUUUGGGGUUCAUCAGUAUUCUGAAAAACACUUGUUAUCACCUGGAUGUUAUGCUAUUAGAAUUUUGUAAGAGAUAAUGUGAUUUAAAAUAUCCAGUGCAUGCCUGUAAUUUUCUAGAUUACAUAUGAUGUGUUUAGGCAUGAUUUGUUCUCCAAGAACCAGUUAUCACAUCUCUUCAAGCAACGGAUUAGACUAAAGUUUAGGAAAGUUUCCACUUCGAUGCUGCUCAGUAUUUGAGGAUGUCUCCAAUUUUAGUGUUUAUCUGUUCGGACUUUUUUUAUUGUACAUUAGUAUGAUGUGUGGCUUAACUUCAAAAGUGCUGAUUCCACAGUUUAUUUCAUUGGGGGCGGAGGGAAAGCAGAUGUAGACCCAGUUGUGUGUUGGAAUCACACUAAAGAUGUGCUGUUAAAUUGGACACUACUUUUGAUGGAAUUCUGUAUUCAUUAUCACUUUUACCAACGAGCAAACAAAAUGACUCAAGAACUAUGCUCGUGGUAUUUUAGAUUCCAGCAGAACAUAUUUUUAUCUCAUAAUCUAAGCCUAAAGAUAUUGAUUAGAAUCAUGGUUAUUUAUUCAGAAUCCUGACAUACUGAAAAUAUGAUUAGGCAAAUGAUCAUGCCUUGAAGGAGUGUGCAGUGAAAGGGUUUUUGGAUAAGUUGAAACCGUGUAGUAAUGCAGAUGCACGUUACAAUCAAUUUUGGAACCAAACCACAGGGAACGUAAGGAAAGAAGGGACCAUGGGUUCGCUGUUCCUCAAAAUCAGUGUGAUUUAUUCCUGUUGUAUAAACUGACAUUUAUUUAAAUAAUUUAAGUGAAAUAACCUCAUGUAGUAAGUGGAAAGUUGAGACCAGAGAGAUAGAGAGAGAGAGAGAGAGAGAGAGGUGAUUGUGGUUGGCAAUGAGAUGAAUCCACCCAGAACUAAAGAUCUCUGUAUGAGCCUAGCCUUCUGCUAGGCACCUAACAAUUUGUGGUGUUAUUGUUUUGAGGAUUUACAUUUUUUUGAGAUUUUAAUCGUUAUAGAAACAAAACGGUGAAAAGAUUUCUAUUAAUGUGAGUUUAACAGAAAUAUUUUGCAUCAAGAUGCAAAGUUAUUUUGGCUUCAUAAUAUAAACUUUAUACAGAGUCUACAUGAGUAAGUGUGGAAGAAAGUAUGAUGCACGUUUAUGAUGGGUUUGAAUAUGCAUUAUACUCAGAAAAUAGCAGUGGAUGUGCAUAAAAUAGGUUGGUGAAUGAUUUUCUCCACCCUCUUCGGGCAGUUGAUGCUUUAGUGUUGAAAAUGAAGAAUGAGUUGUAUUGCUGAAAUAAAAUGCAACCACACAUUUUAUUAUUUUUCUCUUUCAAAUAAUCAGAGUAUUUUAAGUCUCCAUUCCAAAAGCAGCAUCUAUGUAAAUUUGAUUUUAAUUUCUUUUUAAAUUGCUUGCUUGAAAUAAUACUGAAUGAUGUGAUAAUUUCCAUUAUUUAGACCAGUUUUAUGAGCUGAUAAGAUAAAGAGCUUUACAGUUAUUGCCACAAGGGAACCAAGCUGGGAGUACAAGUCACAAGUUUGGAGCAUAACUUUGAUGCUCUUGUCUGAUCUAUGUUCCUACGCAUGAUCAUACCUUUAAAGAAAGAACAUUCUCUUGGCACUUUCUACAGUCGUUGACUUAAACCAAUCAAGAUCUUGCUCUAGGUGUUUUGUUGGGUCACUAAGUAACACAAAAUGUCUUCCCUUGACUGACAAUUACAAUUUUUUAAUAAUGAACCUAAACUUGUACCUUAAUCACUGUAAUGCAAUAAUUCUACUAAAAUUGUGGCAUUUGUUAAUUUUACAGAAAUCUCCUUUAGACAUAAUUGAAAAGUCAUUUGAUACGAGUUCUCUUUGUUUGCUUUUAAAUGUAGUUGGAGUAGGAAUCUUGGUGUGCUUUCUCUGUCCCCCGUUUUGUUUUAGAUGUAUUCACAAAGCAUAUACUGUGUUGUCAUGUUGUCUCAUCCCAAAAUUAAGCUGCAAUUCAGCCCAAGGUUUAACAUAGUUUUUGUUUUGCACUUACUAUAUAAAUAUAUACUCUAUGUCGAGAAAAGGUCUACUGCAUGGUGUGGUUCUACACCGUGCUUGUAUUACCCAAGUGAUGGCAUUUACAAAUCGAGCCACUCAGAAACUGUAGUUUGCAGAAGCAAAUGGGUGAAGGAAAAGACUGACGAAAGACUGACCUUGUGCAAUAUUUGAAUUCACUCAACGAAGAAACACACUAGCACAAUGUUUUAACUUUAUGACAUUUAACAUAUUUAAAGCAAAUUGUAUUCUGAAACAGUUAUAACUAAAACCCAUAGUACGUAAUAUUUUAAUAAUCAAAUAAUAUUUAUUGAGCAACUUAAAUAUAAAAUGAAUCUUGAAACUUUAAGGAGUCACAGCAAUAUGAAAUUUAAAAAUACCUGCUCUAAUUGUCUUCAUUUAUCCUAUGUCCUUGACAUCUGUAUUUUACAUAGAUUAUUUAAUCUUGGUAUUAUGUUCUACUUUAUUAUUUUUACUUUAUGUUUAAGGCUAAAGUCCUCACAUACUGUAACCACCCUUUUAACAUUGCGUUCACUGUUUUGGUGCUGAAAUCUUGUUUCAUUCAAUAAAGUAUGAUAUUUAAUUU